AUGGCCUCGAAGGACCUGCCAUCUGCGCUGCGCCGGCUGAUUCUGAGAGAAGCAAGGUCACCAAAUGCGCCAAUAUUAAGGAGUCAACGCCGCUAUGCUUCCACGGAGGCAGCAGUCGCCCAUGAGGAUCUUCAGGAGCUGGAAUCCCAAUCGUCGUUCCUGUCCACAGGCCUGGUGGACGCGAAAGUAAAGGACUAUGAUCCAGUUAAGAGAGCUGCGGGAAGGAGGAGGCAGCUUCCAUCCAGUCGAUACCAGUUCCGGCCCCCAAGAUACUAUCGAGGACCACUCCACCCCCAUCAACCACCUCCCAGAUCCGACCCUUCUUCCCGCGAGUUCGUCCCCGGGCCUUUCAACCGCACGCGCCUCGAGCAGACCUACCAAGCCAUGAUUGCUCCAGACCUAAUGACCCUCGGCUACAUCCACCAGCCCCCAGGAACCGUCAAGACACCGAGGGCAGAUCGGUUGCGUACCUGGGAUGACAGCUCUCCGUACCACAAAGGGCGGCCGAAGCGAGGGCCACGAGGGCCGGGAGACGUGCUACGGCUGGUGGAGAAAGACAUCACCUGGAAGAACAUCCCGAAAAUCGAGGAGGUGACGGUGCACUGCUUCGUCAAGGGAGCAAUUGACGACUCGAGCCAUCUGCACAUGGCGGGGAUGAUGCUGCAGGCCAUUACGGGGGUGCAGCCGCUGGUGCACAAGGCGAGGCAUAGUGUCAGCCAGUUUGGGAUUCGGGAGGGCAUGUCGAUUUCGUUGACGUGCACGAUAAGGAAUGAUCAGGCGUACGAGUUUGUGGAUAAGUGUGUCAAUCUAGUGUUUCCCCGGAUCAAGGACUGGCCGGGAUCAACUGGGGACAGCAGCGGAAACAUUUCUUUCGGCUUCGGACGCGAAGGCGCCAUCCUCUUUCCCGAAGUCGAAAUCAAUUACGAUAUGUACCCCCCAAAGCUGAUCCCAGGCUUCCACGUCACGGUGAAGACGACCGCUACUUCAGACAGGCACGCGAGAUUACUUCUCAGCUCUCUGGGCGUGCCUUUCUAUGGAAAGUUAGUGGAUUAG